AUGGCUGACUGUCCAAGCACGUACCCACCAGGUGGAACAACACCAUGUGAACUUCUUCGAAGUAAUAUUGCCUACGUGUACCUGGAGGCCCGGUGUACAUGGGAGGAUGAAGAUCCAUUUGCAAGUAGAAGAUCAUUUCCAGCUGCUCUGCUGCCCCUGCACAUCGAAGAUUUGCCAGAAAAGGAAAAGCUGAAGAUGGAAGUUGAGCAACUUCGCAAAGAAGUGAAGUUGCAGAGGCAACAGGUGUCUAAAUGUUCUGAAGAAAUAAAAAACUACAUUGAAGAACGCUCUGGAGAGGACCCUCUGGUGAAAGGCAUUCCAGAAGACAAAAAUCCCUUUAAAGAAAAAGGCAGCUACGUUAUUUCAUAAGUAACUCUGGGGAGAAACUUCAUCCUCAGUGGAAGAACUAGCUUAUUUUAGUUUUCCGAAAUAAAACCGACGUGCCUUUUAGAGAAGGAAAAACUAAAUUAAAAGCGGACUUUUCUCAAGCACUCACGUAGAUACGGUUUUGUAUAAAAGCUAUGUGCUUCUCAUCUUUGCUCACUCCCCACCCUCUUUAAGGGGGCAGAGAGUAUCGAAUGUACAAUUAUGGAAA